AUGAAGGAAAUGUUCUGCUUCUGCAUGACUUUUUCUUCCUUGUUGGAGCAGAUGGUGAAGGCUUACAAAUACAUGACUGGUAUUUUUUCAGUGACUCAUACCUCAGAGCAACAGGCUUCAGAUUGUGAUAAGCAGCCAACCGAGAUGGAUGUGAGCUUUCUUGAGGAGCAGUAUGACCAUAUAAAACAGAAGCAAAAACUGCAAUCACACGUUAUUGUUUUUAAAACAGGUGAACAUGAAUCUGUUAUCCCAGAAUCAAUGGUCAAUGCUGUUAUAAUUAAUAAAAAAGUUAGAUCAAAGUCAUUUACAGAGCACGUUCCUGUCAGAAAGGUCAGACUGGAGAUGACCAGCAGUGGCAACGCACAAGACAAUUCGCUGUGGCAUACCCACCUGGGAAUUCACCGCCUGGUGCAAGCCACUUGUCAAGGAGCUACCCAGGAUGUCUCCCACUGCAAGAACGGACCAUGCAGCUUUGACAAACAGAGACUGAUUUCCCAGGAAAAUGGCACACUGCAAGCCAAAGAAUUAGAAGAAGCUAGGGAACUAUCUGCGCUCAGUCAACUGGGAAGUUCAAGCAUGUUGAACAAUUUCAGUAAAGAGAAUGGCAGCAGCAUUUCAAGCACCUGCCCAAAGCCUCCUCUGAAAUCACCCACUUCAGCAGUUUGGACACAUCAACGCAUUUCUUCUACAAAAUGCAUGCCAGCCUGCAAUAAACUGAACUUUUACCCUUUCCCUAAUAAAAAAGGGCCGAGAAUUUCUGAAGCCGCAAAGAGGCUUGGAUUAUAUGUCUCAGAAUGA